AUGCCGUCCACAAAGCAGCAACGUGCCCGCCGCCAAACUGCACCUUCGGGCCCGCCGCGGAAGCCAACAGCCAACGAAACUCGAGCGAACCCCGACUCGGCGCAAGAACAGCCUUCCAAUCUGCUUCAAUGGACUAUUCCUUGCUGGAAUAAUGAACUUGAAUUCUCUCAAUGGCUCAAUGGAGUCAAAGACGAUCUGGUCGAGGAGAGCUACGAUCAAUAUCAGUACGUGUUCGCCAGCGGGGCAGGAAACUGUCUUGAUGAAUUACAGCAGUCGAAGGAGCAUAUCGACGAGAUCUUGACGAGCACCCUUACUCUCCUAGAGGAUCUAUCGAAUCUUUCCGAAUCCUUUAAAUCCGUCGAAUCGCAAACGUCCAAUUUCGAGAAACAAUGCGAAGGACUCCUGUCCGCCCAGGAGCGAGACACCAAACUCGCGAAUGGAAUCCAGACCAAUCUCCAUUAUUAUGACUUCCUUGACCCGGCAUCUCGUCGCCUCAAUGCUCCUGGAGCUGGAAGCACCGUCCGUGAUCCGGAGUUCUCAGAUAUGCUUAAACGUCUUGAUGUCUGCUUAGACUAUAUGGAAACACACAAGCCGAGAUUUAUCGCUCCCGAUACCGUCUUCUCCUUUACCCGUGCUUUGACCCUUAUCCGGGGCAAUUUUGUAUCUAACCUAAAGGACGUCUACCAGAAUGUCGCGAAGAAGAUCUCAGAUCAAAGCCUCAACGAUACUGCACUAUCUGCACUCCUCUACGCAAAAUUCAGGGUCGCGGCCCCUGAAAUGAAGCGGAUUGGGAUCGAAAUCCAAAAAAGAGCCGUCCCACCACUCAACCCAGACCAGAGCAACGAAGCUGAAUACCAGAGCUUGAUGAACGAGCUCCACAGCAACUACUCGGCUACGCGAGCUCGUCUAGUUGUUCCAAUUGUUCGCAAGAAGCUCGCCGCCAUCUCACAAGUCCCAAGCUCGUCGAAUGAUUUGGUCUCAUUUGCCAGAUUCGGAAUAAGCUACAUUCGAGGUAUUUGCUUGGAUGAAUACGACCUAUGGAGAGAAUGGUUCCAUGGACAAGGAGGCCUGUAUGACUUUCUUGAAACCAUUUGCGAGCCUCUUUACGACCAUCUCGGGCCGCGCAUUAUCCGUGAGACGGAUAUUAUCAAUCUUUGCCAGCUCUGCACUUUGCUCCAGACUCGAUACUUUUCGGAUCCCGAGGAAGAGCCAGAUAUGGCGGACACCAAUCAGCUUGAUUUUGCUACAUUGAUUCAGCCAGCACUGCAAGACGUUCAAGACCGUUUGGUGUUCCGUGCCCAGGCAGUUUUACGUGAUGAGAUCGAGCGAUACAAGCCCCGCCCCGAAGACGUCGACUAUCCUAUGCAUAGCAAGCAGGUUUCAUUGACCGUGACCGACACUCAGAUCUCAGGCAAGAAGGACACUACGGCGGAUGGCAUGAUUGAUAUGACAAAAUCGGAAAAUGAGGAUGCCAGGAACAGCCCUCCAGAGAAGGACGGAAAGUGGGAUUUUGAGACUCAGACUGCGCUCAAAGGUUGGUAUCCGACACUCCGCAAAGCGAUAUGGCUCCUCAGCCGUAUCUAUCGCUUGGUUAAUUCUACCGUUUUUGAUGACCUAGCGCAUCAGAUCGUCCACCAAACCACCUUGUCCCUCCACAACGCUAGUAUCAUCAUCUCUACCAAAUCCACUCCAGCGGACGGGCAGCUAUUUCUCAUGAGCCAUCUCCUCAUCCUCAAACAGCAGAUCGUCGCUUUCGAUAUUGAAUACGUUGCUCCUGAGGUCUCACUUGAUUUCUCUGGCGUGACUAGUACGUUCUUCGAGCUUCGUGAACGUGGUGGGCUUUUUAACCCACGAAAUCUCAUGCGCCUUGUCGGACACGGCCUGUUACCACGGGUAGUGGAGAACAUGCUCGACGCUAAAGUUGAGCUUGACGGCCGUCUGCGAACCGUCAUCAAUGAUUUCGUCAACGCCUUUGCUGCUCGCAUGACAGCUUCUCUACCGACUAAAUUUGUUGACACGCGUAACCUGCAGCGGGGAGAGUUGAUCUUUCCGUCCUGCCACACUAUCGAGAAGGAAGUCCCUGCUCUGCGGAAGGUGCUGAAUGCCUAUAUCGAUGACACUCGCAUGAAGGAGACUCUCGUGGGAGCCGUGCAAGACCGCACGAUCCAGAUCUACGAAGACUUCCUCGAAAAGUACAAUGCUUCAGGCAAAGGCCAGCCAGUCAGCAAGAAAGGGAAGGGUCGCGAUGAUGCUGUUUGGGAUGUUGAUACAUUCGCCGAGUGGUGCGAGGGUGUCUUCCGAGUUGGCGUUGCUGGGCUGCAGGCAGAACAGGGGGAUGAUGAUGACGACGACCUGCUGAGUACUAGCUCAUAG